AUGAAGAACUCACUGUAUGACCGUCUCUGGCGCCGGGAAUUGGGGGAGCCGUCGCACCGUGCUAGUAUUCGCGGAAUCUACGGAUCAAAGGAAUGGGUAGACGAUCUAGACAUUGUUAACGAGCUGGGUGGACAUACAGGUUGCGUCAAUGCAUUAUGCUGGUCGCGGUCUGGUCAACUUCUCGCCUCUGGAUCUGACGACCAUUACGUGAAUAUCUAUUCCUAUCAACCCGAGUCGUCAUCGGCGCCCUUUUCCUUGAAUACCACUCUCCAUACCGGCCACAAGGCGAACAUAUUUUCCGUCAAGUUCAUGCCACACUCGAAUGAUCGUACCCUGGUAACAUGCGCUGGUGACCAUCAGGUUCGGGUCUUUGACAUCGAAUAUUCUAGCAGUAAUGGUAAUCUUGAGGCUACGUCUGCAUUUACUGCCUCCGCCCGAAGUCGGCGAUUCAACAAUUUUUUCACAAAUACCCGGUUCCUGACUGCAGAGAAUACCAAUAGCCGUGUCUAUCGUAGCCAUGCGGAUCGUGUUAAGCGUAUUGUCACUGAGUCGUCCCCGUAUCUGUUCCUUACAUGCUCCGAGGAUGGUGAGGUACGACAAUGGGAUCUACGUCAGCCUUCCUCCGCGUAUCCCAAGCCGUUAGGUGGUCAAGGCCCCAUGGCCUAUCGACCGGGGGUGGUGCAUGAUGAUUCGAAUGUUCCCCCGCCGCUGAUAUCCUACAAACGGCAUCAUCUUGACCUCAACACCAUAUCGUGCUCUCCUACGCAACCCCAUUACAUUGCGCUGGGCGGCGCUCAUCUGCAUUGUUUUCUUCACGAUAGGCGGAUGCUGGGCCGAGACUUGCUCAUGGAAAGAGGGGACCCGGGCAGCUCUCCUCGCAUCGGCAGUGAUCGCGAAGAUGAGUUGAUGAGUCAAGCGACAAGAUGUGUUCGAAGAUUCGCACCUAAUGGCAAGCGCCGGAUGAAAACGCGGGACAACGGACAUAUCACUGCCUGUAAGAUUAGUGAUGUCAAUCCGAACGAGAUGGUGGUUAGCUGGUCGGGCGAUCACAUUUAUAGUUUUGAUCUAAUCCAGAGCCCUGAUGCCAGAGAAGCCGAAUCAGCACGCCAAAGGUCCGCACAGGAAACCCAGUCUCCGCGUAAGCGACGGAGCUCAAAGAAUAGAAAGCGAAAGCGUCGAAAUGGCGCUUCGAUAUCAUCUUCCGAAUUUAGUGGUAACCGGCAUCAAUCUCGACGGUGGUCCCACGAGCAACCAGACGAUGACGAACCAAUGAUUCGCGCACGGUAUGGGAACGGCGAAACAGGGGAUGUUCCGCUAUCAGCGGUCUCAGCGCCCACUUCUGGUGCGUCCAGGCGUGCAAGGAAGCAGGCAAGGUAUCCUGUCUUGAACGAAGCACAAAGGCUUAGUAUGCGUAUUGCCAGAGCUCUAGUUAAGCUCCGCAAGGCUUUGUUCUCAUUAGAGGCUACCGUACGAGAAGCAGGUGAAUCAUCGAGCCAGCUAGAUCCGACCCUUUAUGUUGAUUCCUUCUCAACGGCGCUGACACUGGCUUCGGAGUAUCUUCCAAUGAUGGAACAAGUCAUGCGAACGUGGGGAUACCCUCUUAACCCUUCUUCUGAUGUGGUCAGAUUCCAGCAGGCUCUUCGUCGAAACAGGGAGGCAUCCUGGAGAUUUGUUCAAGCCGCAGGAACGUUAGCACGCGUCCUGGGAGGCGAGCUCCGCGGACACCUUUCCCCCGGCAUAUCGUUUAUGCAAAUCAUGCCCGCGCCCGGAGAGGGCAAUACUAUACCUGAAGAGGCUCAGUUCGGCUAUGAUUUCCUCAGGGCCAUACUACUGUUUUUGGAAGGAGGUAGAGAGGCUCUCAUCUCAGGUUUCAAGAGUAGUAACGAACAUCGGCGGAAUGUGCCACGGUACCCUUUGUCUGAUGAGGCUGAUGACAGUGCCAUUGAGUCGGAUGAUGAGAGUGGAUCUGAUGUGGCUGUGGAGGAAGAGGAAGAUGGGGAGAGUAGUAGUGACGAUGACAAUGACGAUGACGAUGACGAGUUUGGUUUCGAUACCAGCUCCGAAGAGGGUUAUGAUAGUGAUGAGAUGCUCGAACCUGAAGACCGUAUGCUUCGCCUCAACGGCUUGCGAACAUCCCGAAGGGAGGAUGUGGGACUCGACGUGCCGUGCUCCUCGCAUACCAAAGUUUACCGCGGACAUUGCAACGUAAAAACAGUCAAAGAUGUCAACUUCUUUGGCUUGAAUGACGAAUACGUGGUGAGCGGCAGCGACAUGGGUCAUCUGUUCAUCUGGGACCGGAAGACGUGUGACUUGGUCAAUAUUCUGGAAGGUGAUAGUGAGGUUGUCAACGUUAUACAAGGCCAUCCAUACGAACCGACCAUUGCGGCUUCUGGAAUUGACAGUACUAUCAAGAUCUUCUCAGCCGACAGAAAUGCCCAGGAGAACGCUCAGCGCGGCAUUAACGUUCUGAACCCCGAGAACCCAGCCAAUGUGCUAGGCCCUAGUGUCUCAAACAUCGGGGGGCUCAAGAGCUGCAAGCGCAUGCACGAUAGCUACCAGAUUAUGAGCCAGAAUGAUGUCGAACGACAAGGCGGCAUGGCCGACGCAUCCCUCACAAGAGAAAUGCUCUCCCGGAUUGCCGUAAGCAUCAGACAUGGUGGAGGACAAGGAAUAGUCGUGGAUGAGAAUUGCAGCAUGAUGUGA